UAAUUUUAACAGCCAUCAACAUGUCAUCGCAUCACCUCUCUGAGUUGGAUUCCACCACCGAUUCCAUCGCGUCUUCUCCACGCUCCGACCACCAUGCUAUGAACGACACUCAUACACGUGUACGCUUCAUUUGCAGUUUCGGCGGCAAGAUUCUCCCUCGUCCGCAUGAUAAUCAGCUCCGUUACGUCGGCGGCGAUACUCGAAUCGUCGCCGUCCAUCGGUCUACCUCCUUCGCAUCCCUCACCACCAAACUCUCCAAACUCUCAGGGAUUGCGAACGCGAGUGUUAAGUAUCAGAUUCCAAACGAGGAUCUUGAUGCGUUGAUCUCGGUGACUACCGACGAAGAUCUCGAGAACAUGAUGGAAGAGUAUAAGCGGUUAGCACAGAAUCAAAACCCUCGGCUAGCUCGGCUGCGGCUUUUUCUAUUCUCCAAAGGCGAUGAUGACUCACGAGCCAGUAGCAUCAGCUCACUUUUGGACGGCUCGGUAAAUCGCGAGCACUGGUUCUUAGAUGCGCUCAACAGUGGAGCCAAUGCUUCCGGGCUCGAAAGCGGCCGUUCCGAGGUUUCCUCGAUCGUGUCGGAGGUACCCGAUUAUUUAUUCGGGUUCGAUAACUCCGAUGAGGUUCAACCUCGUGGCACGAAAUUAGGUACACGUCACCUCUUCCAUGAUAAUAUCUCGGUUUCGGAUCCGGGUUCUCCUGCCCCAGUUGUUUCUUCAUCACCCUUUUGUUCCACCUCAUCAGCUCCGGUUGUACCUCCAAUGCCGGAUCUUCCAUCCGUCAAGAUCAAACCCGCUAACCCCGAACCGGGUUUUGAGACAAAGCAGAAUCAAACGGAGAGUUUCGUGGAGCAACCCGUUUCGCAGACAACGGCAUAUUCGGGUAAUCCUCCUCUGUGGCAUUAUGUUUCGGAUUCUCGUUAUCCAGCUCCUUCUGUACAGAAAAUACCUGUUUAUUAUGUUCCGGGUCCUGUUCAACCUGUUCAAAUCCGGCCUCAGUUUGUCCAGCAAUAUCCAAUUUCUACGGGUCAAGUACCCGUUGGGUAUCAUCAACCAGUUCCUGGUGUUGGUCAAGCAUACAGGCCGGUUACGCACGUGGAUCAUUAUGACCCGGCAAUAAGACCGGGUCCUGACGGUGUGAAACAGCCUAUAUAUUUUGGAGUUAGAAAUGCGGGUGCGGUGCCGGUUUACUCAGGAAUGGUGGUGCCGGGUGGGGAAGAACAGGGAAGAAGUGGAUCGGAUACACCACAGGGUCGAGUCCUACAAUGAGGCCAGUAAGUGGUUAUAUCUACGGCAAUAAUUGCAUGUAAUUUAGUUAAAAUUUACUCAGGUUGAUUUGAUGUUUAUUAUCAUGAAUUGGGUGUUGAACGAUGGAUUUUCUUCUCU